AAAAAAGAAAAAAAAAAAGAGGUCAUCCAGCCUGCCCUUUGGGAAGAAACACUCUGCCAAGUGUCCUCUCUACCUUGUAAGCCUGCCCAGCAGGGACCAAGACGUAAACCUGCACCCAUUCUCAGGUGUCUAACAAGUUAGUGCCUGGCUCAGCUUUUAGCAAGAGGUAAAUCCAUUCAACUCCACAAAUACCAACCCACCCAUCGUGAACGGUACUCUUUCACUCCAUUUCCAUAUUCUGGGUUACUCAGUUUUUUAGAAGAAUCAUGAUGGCCUUAGGAGUCCUGGGUCAAACGGGAUCCCUGAGCUGCCAGGCAGGGGCACAGACCACAAGGAAACCCACCUUCCAUCCCAGGCUUCUAGAACAGUGGUUCUCAACUCUGGCUACACUUUAGAAUGACCUAGGAAGCGAUUUAAAAAUGCUAAUGCCCAUACCCCAUUCCCAGCCUUUUAAAUCAGAAUUCUGGGGGUCCAGCCAGAGCCAAACUAGUUUUUGAAAAUGCCACAGAUGGUUCCACUGUGCAGCCAGAGGCGGGAACUACUUGGCUGGAGGCUAAAAGUUUCAGAGUUCUAGCAGUUAGAUGGCAGGAAUGAAAGUACCCGGCUGGCCUUGGCACAGGAAAUGGAAGUUGACCUAGCUUUUAAAUAACCCUUACUGUUGGAACAGCGACCGAGUCUCCGUAUGUGCUGAUAAGAAGGGCAGGCAGAAAGACUCCAUGGGAGGCAGGACUCAGGAUGCUGUCUUCUGAGGCCUGAACUCGGGGCAGGGGUUUCUUGACCCUGCACUGGUAGUGUGGUCAGUGGUGUGUGACUGUGUAUUGGUGUCUGAGUGUGGCCAUAAAUGCGUGAAGGUCAGCUCUGCCAAGUCACAAGGCUCGUUAGGUUCUGAAUUAAAGUUGCUUCUUGGUUUAUAUCUCCACUGUUGUCUGGUUUCAUGUCUGGCCUGCUGUUUGUACUCAUCAGAAUUUUCAUCUUAAAAAAGGAAGACCCUGUUCCCAAUGGUCUCCGGGCACUCCCAGUAUUCUAUGCUGCUACCAUAGCAAUCAAUGUCUUUUCCAUCAUGUACACAGGAGCACCAGUGCUCGGCCUGGUUCUCCCCAUGUGGGCCAUAGCCCUCAUUUCCUUUGGUGUCGCCCUCCUGUUCGCUUUCUUUGUGUGGCUCUUCGUAUGUCCAUGGAUGCGGAGGAAAAUAACAGGCAAAUUACAAAAAGAAGUCUUUAUCACCGAGUAUCUGACACAAGCCCUCAUAAAAGCACAGGAGACGUCGGACCAGUCAAACACCUCUGCAGCGCCAGCACCGGGCUGCAUACCCACAUCCCGUGCACAAAAGACUCGGGGCUCUUACAAAGACCUGCUGCACAAAAUCCACAUCGACAGGGGCCCCGAGGAGAAGCCGGCCCAGGAAAGCAACUACAGGCUGCUGCGCCGUAACAACAGUUACACCUGCUACACCGCAGCCAUCUGCGGGCUGCCAGUGCACCACACCUUCCGAGCUGCGGACUCAUCGGCCCCAGAGGACAGCGAGAAGCUGGUGGGCGACACCGUGUCCUACUCCAAGAAGAGACUGCGCUACGACAGCUACUCGAGCUACUGCAACGCGGUGGCAGAGGCGGAGAUCGAGGCGGAGGAGGGCGGCGUGGAGAUGAAACUGGCGUCAGAGCUGGCCGAUCCUGACCAGCCACGAGAGGACCCUGCGGAGGAGGAGAAGGAGGAGAAGGACGCGCCCGAGGUGCAUCUUCUGUUCCAUUUCCUGCAGGUCCUUACCGCCUGUUUCGGGUCGUUUGCUCACGGCGGCAAUGACGUGAGUAAUGCCAUCGGUCCCCUGGUAGCUUUGUGGCUGAUUUACAAACAAGGCGGGGUAAUGCAAGAAGCAGCUACACCCGUCUGGCUGCUGUUUUAUGGAGGAGUUGGAAUCUGCACAGGCCUCUGGGUCUGGGGGAGAAGAGUGAUCCAGACCAUGGGGAAAGACCUCACUCCCAUCACGCCGUCCAGCGGCUUCACAAUCGAGCUGGCCUCAGCUUUCACAGUGGUGAUCGCCUCCAACAUUGGGCUUCCAGUCAGCACUACGCACUGCAAGGUGGGCUCGGUGGUGGCCGUGGGCUGGAUCCGCUCCCGCAAGGCUGUGGACUGGCGCCUUUUUCGGAACAUCUUCGUGGCCUGGUUCGUGACCGUCCCUGUGGCUGGGCUGUUCAGCGCUGCUGUCAUGGCUCUUCUCAUGUAUGGCAUCCUUCCAUAUGUGUGAUUUGUCUUCUUCCAGCUGCAAACAGCUAAAGGGAUGGUCUGGUGUGGGCGUGUGGGAAACACGUGCCCUCGUGCCACACAUACACAUCCUGGCCUUGCACGGUUCUCAUGACCAGCUCUCUGCCUCCCUUCCAGGAGGCUCCAUCCCACACCGUUCACCCGGGCUGCGGAGACUCACCUUCUCGAGCUAACUUAACUACUGUACAUAAUAAUAUGUAUUAAACUGGUAUCCUGGUGAUAUAAUGUGGUGCAGUUACUUAUAUAUUAAAUAUCUAUUGUAUCCAUAGAAUAGGCAGCGUUAUUUCAAACAUAUUCAAGUUGGAAGUGGAAAUCAUUGCCUAGAAGUCAAUAUUCAGUAAAUCUUGUACAUAACGAUUUCGAUGGCAAAUGUUAAGCCUUUUAAAAGGAAAGAGUAGAUUGGAAAAUGAUUUUUUUCCAAAUGAUGUUUUUCCCUUCUAAUAUACUAUAAGGUGAUGAGCUUCAGGACAGGCGACACGACCCUGCAGAGGCCGCGUGCCAUGGGAUGCCAGCGGGAUGGGAGCUCACAAGUGCUUUCACUGAAGAUUUGUUCAUAUAUUGUGUAUUGAUUCUUGUGUAAUAUAUCAUCAUUGCUUUUGUAAAUACGUAAAACUGUAAUUUUUUAAUGGUGUGCUUCCCUUAUACUUUUUUGAUCAGAGAAUUUUGGAAAGUACCAAAGAGGCAGGGGAAUCGUUGGCCAGUGUUACAUUUUCACAUUGUCUGUCUCCCACCCUCACUGAUCAUGCCUGCCCCGGAGCAGCGUGUGGCAGUGACACCGUCACCCAGCAUGCGCCACGCCGUGGCUCCCACCAGCAGUGCCACCGCCGCCACCACACCCCAGAUCCCGCCCGCCCUGCAGUGGCCUUUCCUUGUCAUCAGAGUAGAGAAUGCACAGGUGUUGGUGAGGGCGUGUGGCUGAGCACUACAUGUCAAGUCCAGGGUCAGUUUUCAUCCCAAUUCUCCCGGCAGCCUGAAGAAUGGAUCCUUGUCUCAAAUGUCAGCACAAAGGAGGCUUUUUCUGUGCUUUGACAUUCUAGCAGUUCAGGGAUGGGAGGGAGGGGAAAUCGUGGACGCUGGAUGGAGUAUUUCUCUGAGGCCCACACAAAGCUGGACAUCCCCAGGCUCUACUCUAUCCCAUUGGAGUCUCUUUUGAUAGCGGGAGGGAGGAAGUACGACUAAUGUUGGAGCCUGAAACUAUGGAAAUGCUGCUAAAAUUUUUAUAUUGACAAACAUUUUCUUGGUACUUCAUUGUGAUUUUUCAUUAAUCAACCAUAUUAAAUUUAUAAUAAAAAAUGCCCCUCGGAA